CACUUCCUCCUCCUUGGGCUACGUCACUUCUGGUGGUGGGUGUGGCUUACCCUCUGCUCUCACACAUGGCCGGUGUGGAGGCUUAUCAGGCCGGGGAGAAGAAGAAGAAGCGGAAUAUGAAGAUAAAGGCGCCGGAGCGGGAGGAGGGCGGAGGAGAGAGCAGCGCUAAGCCCGGGGAGCCGGAGGAGAGCUCGGCCGCCUUCCCGGCCUCCUUCAGCCUCUCCGAGAUCAAGAACAAGCAGCGCCGACACUUCAUGUUCAUGAAGAUGAAGCAGGAGAAGAGGAAGGAAAAGAUUGCUAUGAAGAAGAAACGUAAGAAGGAGAGAGAGGCACUUGGUGACAAGGCACCACCAAAGGCUGUCCCCAAAACAAUUGAAAACCAGCGUGUUUAUGAUGAGACAACAGUGGAGGCUGAAGAUGAAGAGGUGGCAUUUGAUGAAGCUACAGAUGAAUUUGCACCUUAUUUUAACCGACAGACAGCACCAAAGAUACUGAUUACAACAUCUGAUCGCCCUCGUGGGCGGACUGUAAAGUUUACAGAACAACUGUCAUCUAUCAUUCCAAACUCGCAUGUUUAUUACAGAAGGGGUCUGGCACUGAAAAAGAUUAUCCCACAGUGUAUUGCCAGGGAUUUCACAGAUCUGAUUGUCCUCAAUGAAGAUCGGAAAAUUGCAAAUGGGCUUGUCCUGAGUCAUUUACCAGAUGGUCCAACAGCCCACUUCAAAAUGUCAAAUGUUCGCCUGCGCAAGGAGCUCAAGAGAAAAGGAAAAGACCCCACAGAGCACAAACCAGAGGUCAUCCUCAACAACUUCACCACACGUCUUGGACACUCCUUAGGCCGCAUGUUUGCCUCCCUCUUCCCGCAUGACCCCCACUUUGUUGGACGACAGGUGGCCACUUUCCAUAACCAGCGGGACUACGUCUUUUUUAGAUACCACAGGUACCUGUUCAAGAGUGAAAAGAAAGUUGGUAUCCAAGAGCUCGGGCCCAGAUUUACAUUAAAACUAAGAUCCCUUCAGAAAGGAACCUUCGACUCGAAGUAUGGAGAGUACGAGUGGGUCCACAAGCGACAUGAAAUGGACACAAAUCGAAGAAAAUUCCAUCUAUAAUCACUGCCGAGUGGGACAAUGACUUUACCUGUGCUAGAAAUGCAACUGCUCAUUGGAUUUAAAAGAAAUAAACAAUGUAGUUACAUGUAAUGAAUUUUAAACUGUCCCUGACCUGGAUUUACUAGGAUAUUUCAGAACUGUCCGUACAAAGUAUUCUCCCAGUCUGGUACCAUCCGCAAAGUUCCAUUUUUAGAAAUACUGCCAAAAAAGUAGGAAGUGAAUUGUUGUAGGAGUGGUCUGGAAUGUUGGUGCUAUCUCUCUCUCUCUCGUCUGGAUGAUGAAUGAAAAGAAAUCCUCCCAUUUCCUCACAGGAAGAUAAUCCUGUAAAUGAUCCACUUAUACCAGCCAUGCAUGUACAAUUUAAGUUUUGAUUAAAUAUGUAUUUUAGAAAUCUGUUUUGACCAGA